UUACCAUUAAUAAAUGACACCAGUUUCCGGUCCACUUCCUCCCUAGCAUUUUGAUGGCAACAAUUUACUAAGCUUUCUCACCUCAGCGCACCUAUUCACCUGUGCUGUAUUCCCAGGCUAUUUUACUGUGAUAAACAGUAAACAAUGAAGAAAUUUUUCGAGGAUAUGAAGAAAGAUUUAAAAUUCAAGUCAGCUGGGCCAGGAAAGAAACUCACAGAAGACGCUAGCGCCAAGCCCCAAGUGGUGCAGAGCAGUGGCCCUGCCAAGCCAUGUUAUGUUGCUCCUACUGAAGGAGCUCAGAAGGCAGGGGCUGCAGCCUUGGCCAGGAUCGAGGGGCAGCCACGCCCACGGGUACAAACCUCACAGGAUGUCAUCCGGCUCCAGGUGAAAAGAGAGCUUGAGGCAGAAGCUGCAGCAGUAGCUGAGAAGGAAAAGACAACUGCUGUUGAGGGCUCCAAUGUUAAGGAUCUGGCAUUUCUCUCAGUAACAGGUGUGUAUUUCACUUGCCCGCUUACUGGAGCCACCUUAACUAAGAGCGAGAGAGAUGUGCACAUUAAAGCGGCCAUUUUCAUGCGGUUUGAAGAGGAUGCAGUGGAGGCUUCCAUUAUGAUGGUUCAUACCUUCAACAAGGACAGGGAGAAAGUCAAGGCUGCAGUGGACAUCAUAAGCAAGUACAUUGAAAACAUCUGUAAGAACCCGACAGAGGAGAAGUACAGGAAGAUCAAACUCAGCAACAAGGUGUUCCAGGAAAAGGUGAAGACUGUGGAGGGUAGUCGGGAAUUCUUGGAAGCUAUGGGCUUUCAGAGCAUCAUGCUGGAUGUGGAAGGACAAGAGGAGAGUGAGGAGUUCCUGGUGCUGAUGGAGCAUGAUUCAGAAUCCCUGGAGGUGAUGAAGGAGAGUAGGGACCGGCUGCAGAGGGGAGAGCCAGUCAGAGCCCAGCUGGACCGCCAGCCCCAGGCCUUCAGACCCUCACCCAACGCCAUGCGCUUCGAACUUCCCCCAGAAUUCUACAACCUCACUGCAGAAGAGCUCAAGAGGGAGCAGCAGCAAAAGAACGAGGGGGUGGACAAGAACACUAUGCUGCGUACCAAGGCCAUGCGGGAGAGAGAGGAGCAGAGGGAGAGGAGGAAGUACAAUUACACCCUGCUGAGAGUACGACUGCCUGAUGGAAACAUACUGCAGGGCACUUUCCUGGCCUGGGACAAGGUGUCUGUGCUCUUCCAGUUUGUGCGGGACUCUCUGGUAGAUGGCUGGCAGCCCUUUGAGCUGGUGGCACCUGGAGGACACAAACUCCAGGAGGACCUAGAGCUGGCCCUGAAUGAAUGUAGCCUGGUCCCUGCGGUUCUGCUGACGUUUUCCUGGGAUGCCGCAGUUCAAGCGGACAUUGCAGCUGGUGGUGGAAAGAGCUCUGCACUCCUCAAGCCAGAGCUAUUGGAGAAUAUUCAGACCCUUAGCUGAGCAGAAGCGGUGUUUGUCCCUGGGUCUCCUACCCCUCCCAGGUUGGAGAUGACACCUUCAUCCCCAAACCACAUUUAAGGCUGUAGAAAUAACUACUAAUCCAUUAAAGGACGAGAGAUUGGGGGGGGAAGAGACAAACGCCAUUCAGUGUUAUUUGUAUUGUACCCUGAAUGUAGGAUGAGGACUGUGAAAUGGCUCCCUUACACCUACGGUUAGGCAAUCAGUCACCUUAGCAUGGUAUGAGACCCCAUUCUGCUCUGCUCCAACAUAAAUCCUGCUUUUACAACAAAUAUUCAGAUACAGUUCUAGCUUUACAUGUGAGUGGUGGACGACACUGCUUGUCUAGUGGUUAGGAUUCAGUAGCUGUUUUUUGUGAGCCAGACCAGCUGUGGACUACAAUGUAUAAUAGUUAUUGGUUAAGCCAUUAUUUCAGAUGGAGCCUGUAAUAUUGUAUUUGAGAUUAGUAGCAGCAGCAAACAUGUCAAAUUAUACCUUCAAAAGUGAAGGUUACUGGACAGCAGUUACUACUUGGCUAAUUUCAUUAGAUUUCUCAGCAACAUGGUAAUCUGUAAUCAACACUUGAGACCAACAAUGAGCUGAGGUCUUGAUCCAGUGCUGCCUGGGAUGACAAUCUACCUCUUCUCACAGCAUCUGUGUAACCUGUGCACUGCACACAGGCAGCCAUAACUUAUCCAAUGUUUCAGUUUAGACAUGAACAGCAACACUAGUUCUCAUUACAGCAGCGAUUAGCAAAGCUGGUCUCUGUUGAUCUAAAUGUUUUCCUAACCUUGUUUAGGAAUCGCUAUAAUGAAGGUAAUGCUGUAAGUAUCAAA